CUUUCUUCUCCCCUUCCUCUUCUCAAAUCUGAAGCAAGCCUUUCAAUGGAGUUGCUGCUCCAAUUCCAAGCCAUAGGUGGACUAUUAGCUCUAGCUCUCUUCUACCAUCUAUGGAUCACAAAACGUACCUUUUUUAACAAGAGUAAGGCCACAGAGGCCCCAGAACCACCUGGGGCAUGGCCUAUAAUCGGUCACCUCCUUCAGUUAACAACCCCUCAGCCCCUCUUUCGAACACUUGCAGCCAUGGCCGACAAGCACGGACCAGCAUUCACUGUCCGAUUUGGUGUCCAUCGAACACUUGUGAUCAGCAACUGGGAGUUAGCCAAGGAAUGCUUCACCAUAAACGAUAGGGCUCUUGCAAGCCGUCCAACAAGUGCUUCAAGCAACCACUUGAGCUAUGAUUAUGCACUUUUCGGUUUGGCACCCUAUGGACCUUACUGGCGUGAAGUACGCAAGUGGGUUGUUCUCGAACUACUCUCGAACCGCCGGCUCGAGUCACUCAAGCACGUCAGAUAUGCAGAGAUCGACAAUUUUAUUAAAGAUUUAUUUGGGCUUUGGGUGAGAAACAUUAACAGGAAUCAGAUUAAGGUGGAAAUGAAUAGAUUGUUUCGAGAUCUAACCAUGAAUAUUGUACUCAAGAUGGUUGUGGGAAAACGAUAUAUGAGUAUUGUUCAUGACGAGAACAACGAAGAGGUCCAGAGGAUCCAAACUACCAUAGUUGAUUUCUUUAAAAUUAUUGGUGUUUCGGUUGCAUCAGAUGUGCUUCCAAGCUUCCUAUCAUGGUUAGAUUGGGAUGGGCAACAAAGGGCAAUGAAGAAGACUGGUAAGGAGAUGGACGCACUUGCUGAGAGCUGGCUCCAAGAACAUCAACAAAAGAGACUCUCUGGAAAGUCUCAUAGUGAUGAACAAGACUUCAUUGAUGUGAUGCUUUCAAUUCUUGAAGAACAUGCUCAAUUACACGGUCAUGAUCGUGAUUCAGUUGUUAAAGCCACCGCACUGAAUAUGAUCAUAGCUGCCACGGAUACCACUGCGAUGUCCCUUUCAUGGCUUCUUUCUCUAUUACUAAACCACAAGAAAGUCUUAACAAAGGCUCAAGAUGAAUUGGACUUCCAUGUUGGGAAAGAUAGGAAUGUGGAAGAAAAAGACAUUGAUAAGCUUGUGUAUCUCCAAGCAAUAAUCAAGGAAACACUUCGUCUGUACCCUGCAGGACCACUCUUAGUUCCUCAUGAAGCCAUGGAAGACUGCAACUUUUCAAGUGGCUUCAGAGUCCGAAAAGGAACACGUGUGUUAGUGAACGCUUGGAAGAUACAUCGAGACCCACGUGUGUGGUCAAACCCUUUGGAAUUCCAGCCAGAGAGAUUUCUUACAAGCCAUGCUGAAGUAGAUGUAAGGGGGAACAACUUUGAGUUUAUUCCUUUCGGGUCGGGCAGAAGAUCUUGCCCGGGGAUCUUGUUUGCACUCCAGACCAUGAGUAUGACGGUUGCCCGAUUGCUCCAUGGGUUCAAUCUACAAACACCCUUUGGUCAGCCUGUGGAUCUGACAGAGGGCACUGGUUUAACACUCCCCAAGCAAUUUCCAUUGGAAGUCCUCGUUAGCCCCCGACUUCCUUCCCAUCUCUAUGAUUAAGACUAAGAUAUAUUU